AUGCCUCUGAGUGACACUACCGCCGAUACUGAUCCGAGUAGUCUUGCCUGCGCCGUUACAACUCCUCGAUGGAAUCUCGGCCUACUCGCAGAACCCGGGUGCUGUCUCGAGCACCCGGAUUCUCUGCGCACCGCCCGAACGACGUUCAGACGACAGCCGCAGGACCCAGAAGCUGCCUCGUGCACCUAG